UUUGCAUAGUACGUGCAGAGGUCUUCAAAAUAUCUACUUUGGUUAAUUUGUUGGUUGGUUAAUAUCUACCAUGAUUUUUAUGAAAUAUUGUAAGUAAAUAAUAAGUAAAUCCUGUGAGUGAAGUAUCAUGUCAUUAUGUCUUUCGUUUGUGAUCUGUGUGGAAAAGUGUGUGCGACUAAGCACGGAUUGAGCAGACAUCGGGCCUCUGAUAUUUGUCGUACUGCUCAAGCGAAGAAUCUCCGUCAAGCACCACAAUAUCCUGGAUCAUCCGCUCCUACAGUAGUUUUUGAGACCAUCGAAACCCGUAUAUUUGCAGCUCGGAAAAAGCACCCCAUUCUUCGUCACAUUCCAGCAGGAGCCAGGCGCGCCUGCGCAGAAUCCUACACGGCUGCAGUCAAUGACGUGUGCAGUAAGAAUGAUGAAGAGUCUUGGGCCAAAUUGUUGCUGUUUCCACUAGACAACCUCCACGCUCCCCCUGCCAAAGCUGGACGAGGACCUUCCCUAGCUGCGUCGGUGAAGGCGAAUUUGCGCGGCACAUCUGCAGAUUCUCCUCUCCCUAACACUGUCCGUAAUAAGACCAGCAAGAAGAAGACCACUGAUGAAACCUUACGCAAACUGGUGAAUGCCAAACUGCAGGAUGGUGACAUCAGCGGUGCUGUUAAAGUUCUGACGUCUGAAGAUACGGUUGCUUCGCUGACGGGAGACGUUAUUAAGGCGUUACGUGAUAAACAUCCAGAUCCACCAGCGGAUCUGGAUACAACGGUCUGUGACGUUCAACCUGUUGCUCACAAUGUGUCUCCGAAUGAGAUUCUUGUCGCUGUUAAAUCUUUUCCUGCAGGCUCAUCAGCGGGACCUGAUGGUCUUCGCCCGCAGCAUUUGAAGGAGAUGGUGAGUGUGCCUGGAGAAACAGGGGAGUCCUUACUGUCGGCCCUGUCCAAACUGGCCAACCUAGCUCUAUCCGGAAACAUCCCUGCGGCGGCCAAGAGAGUGUUCUUUGGUGGAAUGUUGACGCCUCUAUUAAAGAAAAACGGAGGUAUUCGUCCCAUAGCUUGCGGUUGCACAUUGCGGCGGAUAUUUGGAAAAGUUAUCAGCCGAUGCGUUCAAGAUGAGAUAGGAGAACUAUUUCGUCCCGUGCAGCUCGGUUACGGUACUCGUGGAGGUGCAGAAGCGGCCGUACAUGCUGCUCGUAAAUUUGUACGGGAUGACUGUUCUGAAGUACAGGUUGUGUUAAAACUUGAUUUUGCUAACGCUUUUAACACGGUCCGCAGAGAUGUGAUGUUGAAGAAAGUGGCGGAAGUUCUUCCUCAAUAUUAUGCGUUUAUCUCCGCGGCAUACAGCACACCGUCGUCAUUGUUUUGUGGAGACCAAAUUAUUGCCUCUGCCCAUGGUAUCCAGCAAGGGGAUCCACUUGGCCCGUUACUGUUUUGUUUGAUCUCGGCUAAUUUGUCCAGAGAAUUACAGUCCGAAUUAAACAUCUGGUUUUUGGAUGACGGCACGUGCGGCGGGGAUCCGGAUACCGUUUUGGGAGAUUUCAUGACUAUAUUGGAAAAAGCACGCACACUCGGCUUGCAGUUGAAUUUGUCGAAAUGCGAGCUGCACGUUUUUGGUGGCACUGAAUCGGAGUGGAAAGAAGUCAUUGAAAGUUUUCACUCUAUUUCACCUGAGAUUCUGCUGGUUUCGUCGGAGCAGCUGGACCUCCUUGGUGCACCACUUACUGAUUUGGCGAUUGGGCGAGUGUUAGAUGGAAAGAUUGGUCAGAUACGACGUCUGACUGAUCUGCUCGGUGUGUUGCCAGCGCAUCAGUCAUUGUUCCUUUUGAAGAACAGCCUUUCGCUGCCGAGAUUGUUGUUUACUCUUAGGUGCGCCCCGUGUUGGAAGUGUCCAGAUAAACUGCGCCUGUUUGACGAUACCGUGAGGAGAAAAGCGGAAGAAAUUACGAAUGUAGAAAUGUCCGACACCGUGUGGCGACAAGCGAUUUUACCUGAUCGCCUUGGAGGAAUCGGCCUUUGUAGGGCGGAGGAUGUAGCGUUGCCUGCAUAUCUAUCUUCGUGUUAUGCUACGGAUCCUCUGGUCUGUGAGAUUGUCCCGGAUACUGGUCAAAGCCUUAGAGAAAAUGUGGUUAAGGUUUAUCAGGAGAAACUUGGAGAAGACCCACCGCCUAUGCCGAGCCGUCGUUUCCAGUCAGCGUGGACCGGUGUGAUGUACGACAAAAUGCGCCGUCUCUUAGUGGACAAUGCCGACGUUAUCGCUAAAGCUUGCUUGUUGGCCCUGUCUACAAAAGAGUCUUCUGCAUGGUUGUCGGCGCUGCCUGUGUCCAGUUUAGGAAACCUUCUUGAUGAUGUUAGUUUACGAGUAGCUGUGGCUUUACGCUUAGGUGCUUUUAUAUGUAAUGAGCACAUAUGCCGUUGUGGCGAAAUGGUUGACAGGUACGGUCAUCAUGGCCUUUGCUGUAAGAAAAGUGCAGGACGAAUCCGGCGCCACAGCGCGCUCAACAACAUAAUUCAGCGGGCGUGUGGAUCUGCGAAAGUAUCCGCCAUUUUGGAACCUCCCGGACUUGAUAGGGAAACUGGAAAACGACCAGAUGGCAUGACCCUGUAUCCUUGGCAAUAUGGAAAACCUUUAGUAUGGGAUGUCACUGUAGCUGACACGCUAGCGGCAACAUAUAUUGGCCAAACUUCUGACCACCCUGGCGCUGCCGCGGAAGCCGCUGAGAUUCGAAAACUGGGAAAAUAUGAGAAGUUGAGGGAUCGAUUCAUUGUACAGCCUUUUGCUUUCGAAACUAUGGGAUCCUGUGGACCAAGCACUAGUGGUUUUAUCUCGGAUCUGGCCAAACGUAUUCGGGAGCAGACUGGAGAAAGCCGUGCGAAGCAGUUUUUGUUGCAGCGUUGCAGUUUAGAAAUACAACGGGGCAACGCUGCCUGUGUUCUUGGUACAGUCGAGUGCAGUCGCAAUCUCGAUGAACUGUUUUCGCUUUUCUAG